UCAAAGAGCUUUAUUUGAGUGUACCUGCAGAGAGAACGUGUUGCGGAAGGUCACGUGACGAGAGUUUGCUGCAGUGUGUGUGUUGGUUGGUCUGUCAGCAGAUGUGGAUUAUGUCUCUGCUGGAGGACAUCGUUGAUCUGCUCAGAUGUGUGCUGGAAUACUUUGGAGUGCAGGGUGACAUGCUGGUUCCUGUAUGGGACAGUACCCUGUGUGGACAGUACCGCAGCCUAGUCCGUAUGAUUGGGACGAACCUCCCUCUCUCUCCUUACCCCCGUCUGGGCUUUCAGAUUCCUCUCCAGACAUUCAAUAGACACGGCCAUAUUGAUGUUUCAGUAGACACUCCAGCUAUUCCCACCUUCGCCGAUGUGCUUUGGCUGAUGGAGGAUGAAGGGGCGAGCCAUACUAAAUUCAGGAAUGCUGCCCCACUUAAGAAAUACUGCAAACAGCAAGAUUUUGAGAUUCCUUCAGUCAGAUCUGAACGGUCAUUGCCAGUGUCUGUACAUGCUGAGAGAGGAGGCAGGGUGCUGGGGCGCGGCGCCCAGCCAGAGGCCCUGCAGAAGAUCUCCGCUCUGGAGGGGGAACUACAGAGACUACGGGCACAAAUCGCAAUGAUAGUCACAGCUCCAGCAGGCCCCGCCCCUCUUUCAGCUGAUCUCAGCACCCCAUGCUCUACGCCUCUACGGACUCCCAUCCUCACUUCCACUCCGAUGUGUCCUCCUCCUCCACCACCUCCACUUCCUCCUCUGUCUGUGGGUAACUCCAGGGAGGUGUCUGUGACAGAGGUCAUCCGACAGAGACAAGCAGCGAAGCAAGAAAUGGCCGAACAGAUGGGGCCCUCCGUGGAUUCAGCAUCGGCCGUGCUGCCCUCAAUGUUGGAGGUGCUGAGGGACCUGAAUCAGGUCAAACUCCGUACUGUGGAGAGGUCUCCAGGUGGAACACCAGUAAGAAGACGGAGAAGUAAAGGCAUAACAUGCGCGUCUGACCCAGCGACUCUCAUCGCUGAGGCAUUGAAACGAAAGUUUGCAUACAGACAGAGAGACGAUUCGUUCGGCAAAGAGAACCGGUCCACUGAACUCUCUCCAUUCGGCAGUCCGGACACACCCCGAAUCUUCAAUCACACCAGACGCAGCCAGGGACGCAUUCACCUUUGACCCUUGACCUCAAAGUUGACCUGGAACACACUUGUUUUACGGACUGCUGUUACAAAGGGAUCUUUCUGUGUUCUCUCUUCCCCUUGUUUUUUUUUCUUUAAUUUCUCCCUUUCAAAGAUCUACUGUCUAAAUCUGGGCAUCUAUCGGAGAACACUGUGCACCUUUUAGAGCAUUUUUAUGCAGGGAUUGUACAUUUUAUGUGCUUUUUUAUUUGUAAAUAUUCUGAACAAAGGAUUUAUACAUGUUAAUUGUGAUUGUUGAUGGUUAGUAGCAGCGUUGUGAUUAUGAGCAGCGAUACAGAAUGACAGCACUCAUGAUGUCAUAAGCCUGCCACAAUUCAGCUUCUGUCAGUCACCUGGUACUGAUCUAUGCAAUACAGCUGCGCUUUUUGUGUUUUUAUAUACUGAUAAUUUUACGAAGCUUGGUUCAACUAACAAAGGUUAUCUGAAUAACUGUUUGUGGAACAGUUGGAAGAUUAGAUCGAUGAUACCUGUUCUGCUGUUUCAUCUUCAACAAAGUGCUAAUGAAGUCUCGCUGUCAAAAGCAAUAAACAAAGGCUAAGCUUUACAAAAAACUUGUCUACAUGAAUCAGCCUUGACCAUCUCGCUUUCAUUUUCCCUAUAUGUCUAUCUAACGUGAAACUGUAUAUAUUUAAACAUGCUUAAUUGACGGAAUAAUCCGAGCAUUGAUUGAAUGUAGGGUUUAAAACAGACUGAUCAUGAAUUGCUUUUUUUAUAAAAGCUAUGUGCAUUUGCAGUGUUAAGCACAUUUGACGCUGACCCAACAGCCUUUAUUUACCGUGAUGUUUACGCUGUUGUUGUCUGGCCCAGCGCUCGUGUGGGUGGAUGCUCGUUUGAUGGAAUAAUUGCAAUGUGUUGCAUCUGUUUGUUGUGUCUGUAACCCACAUCCUUCCAAUCACUAAAGGUUAUCAUGGAGAGGAUAUGCUGGUCUACCGAGACAGGAAAUGGUUACACGCCGAAAAUCUGAUUGAUCCUUUGCUUCUGACAGACGCGUCAUGAUGUUUGUCUGAUAGGAGGGCGUGAAGAGUGGAAUGUUGUACUGUAGUCUCAACACCACUGCUAAAUCUGGCAUAUGGUUUCUAUUUUUGUUUAUCUUUGGAAAUGCACCUGCUCUAAUGGAGAACAUUAAAUGCCCCCACCUUUCCGUAAUGCAAAUGUUUGUUUGUUUCUGAGGUUUACAAAAGAGUUAAGUGAGA